AUGCUGGAGGAGCAGACGGAGGGCAACAACGGAGAUGAGCAGGCUGCGACAGUCCAGGACACGAGGCCAGUGUCAGAGGCCACGGUGACGUCGGAGGUAUUCAGCAGCGCAGCAUAUGAUGAGACAACAGCUCGACCAGACCGAGACGCUCUUGAAGCGCUACCUGAACGCGAGCGGAAACACGGAAGGUGCUGGUCGGACAGCUCGCCACGAGCAGCCAGUAGAAGCGUAGAAGAACCCCCUCGGACAGUUGCUCGCCGACCAGAGACCCAAGGCCACGGAGAGCAGCAGUCCAACCAGGAGCCGUGGACCAGUCAGGAGUGGGACACCGAUCGGAGUACGGGCGACGCCUGUAAAGUGGAAGAGUGGAAGAAAAGCGUGUGGAGCAAGACUGAUGACGAGAAGAACUGA